UGAAGACUCGUCCUUAGAUUCGUAUCGUAGAAAAAGAAAAGAUGAGUAAUUUCAUGGAACAAGGAGAAAUUGUCUUGUUUGUUUGGAAAAUUAAUGUUGCCGGUACACAAAUAAUUAACGAAUAUAUCGAUCAAACAAAUUAUUCUACUGGAAAGGGCAUUCAGGGAUGUUCAGAAAUAAAUUGAAUUGGCUGUCAGUAGUCAUUUGUUGAGUGAACGAGGAAGAUUCAUAUUAAGUAAGAGAUUAUUUAAAAUGGCUGGGCCCCUGAAGAAACAAAUCGCGUCUCGCAAAAAGGCUCCUCAGAGAGUGGAACUAACAGAGGAUCAGAAAUCAGACAUAAAAGAGGCUUUCGAUCUCUUCGAUCCAGACGGCACGGGAAAAAUUCCAACGAAAGAAUUGAAGGUUGUCCUUCGUGCCCUUGGCUUCGAGCCGAAAAAGGAGGAGCUGAAGAAGUUAGUGAGUGACGCCGAUCCAGAUGCCAUUGGAAAGCUCUCCUUUGAAGAAUUUCUCAACAUAAUGACCCUGAAAAUGGGGGAGAAGGACACGAAGGAGGAAAUUCUGCGAGCAUUCAAGCUCUUUGAUGACGAUGAUACUGGUAAAAUAACAUUCAAGAAUCUGAGGAGAGUUGCCAAGGAGUUGGGGGAGAACUUGACUGAUGAAGAACUGCAGGAGAUGAUUGACGAAGCAGAUAGAGAUGGAGACGGAGAGAUAUCGCAGGAGGAGUUUAUGAGAAUUAUGCGAAAAACCUGCACCUUCUGAUUCCACCUGAGAUUAUCUGAUAAUUUUCGCGAUUGUGAUUUUAUAAUUUUAGUCACUAAAAAUCACCAGCCUGAUUGAGAAUUAAUGAUUCUGUCCAAUGCAACUGAAUGAUUUUGUUUCGCGUUUUUGAUUAAUCAAUAUUUUUUUGUAUUUAUUCAUAUUAAUUAAUAAGCAAUGAAAAUAUAUUUUUUGGACGAUAUGAAAA